AUGUUUGAUAAAAAAAUAGAGAGCGAUCUUUCAUUCUUCAAGAAAGAGUGAAAAGCCACUUGGGCUCUAUAACAACUCUCUUCAGUUUCGCUCUCAUGUAAUUUAAUUGCACCUUAUUUACGACUUCUACUUUCUCUCAUGUGUACUCGAAUAUUACUUGAAUAUUUCUAGUACAAGUUAAGAAAACUCUCGGUGCCCGUAUAUAUAGUAAAAAUAGAUAAAACAGUACUUUGAGAAAUAUAUUAAAUUGAAUUUCAAAAGAAUCGUGACUGUCCAUACAGUGGUCAAUGAGCAAUUAAAAGGUCUGUUCUUUGUCGCUGCACUUCUAUACUGUGCAAUAAGUUAAAAUGAGAAAAAAAAUUUGUUUUAUUCUAACUUAUUGCACCAGUGCAGCAGUGCAACGAUAAAAACAGGCCUCUAGAUUCUAGAACAAUGAUGUCGCGUGGCGGAAGUUGACACGGUAAUCAAUUAACGUAACCUCAAAUUCGCGGUAAGAGAGGACACUGGAGGACACGUGUGACGCUCGCGAUGGAUCUUGUGAAGUCGAUUCUGGAAGAUGACCAGAAAAAAGCGGAUUUAAGUAAAUCCACGAAGGUGCACAAGGAUGUGGAGCUCGAAAUCGAUUUGGGAACUCUGCUCGCAUCCGAUUAUAAUGUUUUGGACGCGAAAACUCUCAAAUCACAAUCAGAUUUAUACUUAAAAAAUCUGACAAGAGACAAUGUGCAGUUACUUGUUAAUAAAAUCUGGGAACUACCAAUUGAACGAGUGGACGAAGCUGUAGUAGCUUCAUUGCCAAAACCUACAUACCUAUUGCCUCGUUCACGAGUUAUUCCAAAACCUAAACCUUUAACAAAGUGGCAGCAAUUUGCCAAAGAGAAAGGAAUACAAACAAAAAAGAAAGGAAGGUCCAAACUAAAGUGGGACGAGGAAUUAAAGAAAUGGAUUCCAACAUAUGGUUACAAACGAGCAAAGACACAGGAACAGAAAGAAUGGUUGAUAGAAGCCAAGGAUAAUGAUAAUCCGACCGACGAUCCGUUUACUAAAGCCAAAACAGCUAAGCAGGAAAGACAAUCGAAAAACGAGUUGCAAAGACUUCGAAAUAUAGCCAGAGCGAAAAAAGUCAAAUUACCGAAAGUCGGUUUACCUACUGUUGCCAAAGAACACUUUCCGAAUUCUCAACAGCUUUCCGAAGCUUUAACUAUAGCGCGUACGUCGACCGCGUCCGUUGGAAAAUUUCAAUCUAGAUUGCCGAAAGAGAAGGAUGCAAAAGGAAUUGCCAAGGAGGUGUCAGGAAUAAAAAGGAAAAGAAAAGCGCCUCCAUUAAACACUACUGAAGAGAAACGUCGGAACCAAGGUCUCGUGGAUAAUGUUUUGAAGAGCAGCACAAAGAUUCUACGCGAUGAUUAUUCAACGGGGGUUGCAGAGAUAAAGCAAUCCACAACGCGUGGCAGUAAAAAGAGGAAAGGUGCAUUAAAAAACAAUAAGAAUAAAACUGCUAAAAAGCCGAAGGCUGGAAAAGGCAAACGAGAUUUACACAAAAAGAUUGGCGGUAGAAAGCGAAGAUAAAUUUAGAUGUCUGUAACGAUAUUUCUAAUAAUAAAUAGACUUUUAUGUUUAUAAGUUUUAAAUGUAUUAAAUUUUCUAGAUAAAGCAUUAUAAUAAAAUUAAAGAUAAAAAACCA